AUGAAAUUCGGCCGCAAUCUGUCCCAGUUCACGGUUCCCGAGUGGAGUACCUCCUACAUCAAAUACAAGGCUUUGAAGAAGCUCAUCAAGUCUGCUGCCGAGCAGAUCAGGGCGGGAGAGGAAGCUGACUUGGCGGGUUUCUUCUAUUCCCUCGACCGAAAUGUCGAGGAUGUCGAUUAUUUCUACAAUAAAAAAUAUGCAGAGUUCGCCCGCCGGUUAAAGCUACUCGAGGAGCGUUAUGGAUAUUCGAUGGAAGGUCGUCAUCCCCUUGAGCCCGAGGAUCAGCAUGACCUGCGUGAGGCGCUUUUGGAUCUACGAUACCACUUGCGUCGCUUACAAUGGUACGGUGAAGUCAAUCGCCGUGGCUUUGUCAAGAUCACCAAAAAGCUAGACAAGAAGGUGGGUGCGCAGGCGCAGAAGCGUUAUCUAGAGACUAAGGUCGACCCCAUGCCCUUCGCCUCCAAUGAACGCGUGUUCCAGUCUCAGGAUCGCAUCAAUGCUUGGAUGGCCAUAAUCACCGAACAGUCCAAGUCUGACGAUAAGGGGGCCGAUGACGCGAGCUCCACCCAUUCUUCUCUGUCCUUGAAGCGUGGUGCAACUAGACCUUAUCUCAACCUGCCAACUAGCGUUGUUACUGCCGUUGAUGACGCACUCCGCAAAGAUGACACGCAUGUCCUACUUGAACUGCUCGAGACUCUGAAAGCUACUGCCGAAGAAGCCGGGGAGGCCGUUUACUCCAAGGUUCUCAAAAACUUGAUCCAACGCUCUAUUCUUCAUCGCUCCCGGAAUGCUUUGGCUCUUCUCUUGAACCAAGUGGACACACUGGAAGAGGAUGAUGAUAUCAACAGACGUAACUGCCUGCACCGGCUGGUCAUCUCUAUUGGCCGUGAACAGCCCACGACCGACUCCGAGCCAGCGGCGUCAAUGGUGCUUAACUUCCCUCCAGAGACUACCCGCUAUAUCACGCCUGCAGCGCCUCCGACACUCCAGCCGCCGCGUGCUGUGAUCAAAGAGGAGCACAUGCCCCAGCAGCUGGGUCGUGAAGAUUCAGCUGUUGCCUUACUCCAGUUCUUAUUGGACUCGCUGCGUCCAGAUCAGCACGAGUCUUUGAUGGCCAAAGAUCUUUCUGGGCGUACCCCAUUGCACUACGCAGCACAGUAUGGAUUCAAGGUCGUAUGUGAAGUGAUCAUCGAGCACCUUAGAGAAUGGGAAAUGUUCGAUGUCAGCGAGGGAAUCGAUGGCCCCGUUUGGCAGGACAAUGAUGGCUGGGCUCCACUACACUUGAGUGUCGUGGGGGGCCACCCCAUGACAACCCGUUGUCUCUUGGAUUCCGAAGCGCGGAACGACCCCUCUCAAGAACGGAUCAUGAUCAGGAAGCAGGUUUCUAAGUCAAGUGCAGUUUUGGCACUGGCGACAAAGGCCAACUUUAUCGAUAUUGUGCAGCUGCUUGUGGAUGCCGGCGUGGAUAUCAAUUACCAAGAUGAACUGGGAGAGACUGCAUUGCACGUCGCCGCCCGAUUUGGUCAUGAUGAGUGUGCACAGAUCUUACUUGAUGGCAGCGACCACCAAAAGGCAGACACAGAGCUAGCCGAAAACACGUAUGGCUGGACACCGCUUUUCAUCGCCUGUGUCGAUGGUCACCUAGAUGUGGCCAAACAACUAGUUGAAGCUGGUGCAGACGUGGAGCGUUUCGAUACCUCUGGCUGGACGGCCAAGGAGCACGCAGCCCUGCGAGGCCAUCUGGACAUUGCCCGGUGUCUCGCAGAAGUGAGCCCCGGACCUCCCGCCAUUGAGCCAUAUCUUUCAUCGUCUACCCCCAAUUUAACCGGAUCAGAGUCUUCUUCGCCUCCUACCCAGUCGUCCCUCACUGAUCGCCGGUCGAAUGCGCCCGGCUCAACCACGGGGAGUUCUGGUGCGAGAACCACUGAGCCUAUUAAGACUUUCGGACACCGGUACCUCACUGAUGAAACGAUGAUCUUGGUUAGCCUGGGAACUAUGGACAUGCGCAAGCCGCUCGAAACAGUCAGCCUCGACCGCAUCCCGAUGGAAAACGCACAUGCCACCCAGCUAGACACGUCGUUGUCGAUGGUGAUAACGGCAAGUGGUGCGCACGGCGAGCCAGAAGUGAUCGAUCUCCCUGUGCAGGACAAUAUCUCAACCGAGCCAAUUGUAUUCCACACUACCGAUCCUAGCAAGGUUCGUCUACUCUUCGACCUUGUCCCCACAUAUGCAGGAUCAAAGGAGAAGAUUGUGGGUCGCGGUGUCGCUCUACUUUCUAGCAUCAAGCCCACUGUGGGAUCCCAUCGCAUUAACCUCAAAGGUGAUUCCACUGUUCCCAUUGUUGCAGCGAAUACCUUGGAGGUGAUUGGGUCUGUGACAUUCAACUUCCUCGUUAUCACACCUUUCAAGCACCCGAAGAUGUCUAUUACCGGUAACCAGACCUACUGGCGCUCGAUGAGCUCGACCAUGGUCAUUGGACACCGUGGAUUGGGCAAGAACAUGGCCGGCCGUAAUUCUUUACAGUUGGGUGAGAACACUGUGGAAUCCUUCAUUGCUGCCGCCAACCUGGGUGCGUCUUAUGUUGAGUUCGAUGUGCAACUCACGAAAGAUCAUGUGCCUGUCAUCUACCACGACUUCUUGGUCAGUGAAACUGGUAUUGACGCACCUGUUCAUACUAUGACCCUUGACCAGUUCCUCGAGUUGGGUCUUGGGCGGCACCGUCAUACUUUGCCGGGUGCCGUGAAAAUAAACGGCGAGUUGCCGGACCUUGGUCCCCGUCAACGCUCUAUGUCAGUUGGCGGCUCCGAGUACGACCCCGCCGAAUUGACCGAGAGGAUCAAGCACACGCGCGACUACAAGAAGAAGGGAUUCAAGGGCAACACCCGUGGCGAGCACAUCCAGGCGCCGUUCGCCACAUUGGAGGAAUUGUUCAGAAAGAUCCCGAAAUCUGUCGGAUUUAACAUCGAAUUGAAAUAUCCCAUGCUUCAUGAGAGUGAGGAAGAAGAAAUGGACACCUACGCAGUGGAGCUGAACGAGUUUGUCGACACCAUCUUGACCAAGGUCUACGACCUGGGAGGUGGUCGCGACAUGCUGUUUUCUAGCUUCAACCCUGAUAUUUGCCUUUUACUGUCUUUCAAGCAGCCUUCCAUUCCCGUCCUCUUCCUAAGUGAUGCAGGCGCCUCACCCGUCGGUGAUAUCCGCGCGAGCAGCUUGCAGGAAGCCAUCCGGUUCGCCUCGCGGUGGAACCUUCUCGGGAUCGUCACCCAGGCCGAGCCACUGGUCCUUUGCCCGCGGUUAGUCCGUAUCGUCAAGGAGUCAGGUCUUGUAUGUGUUUCGUACGGAACCCUCAACAAUGACGGCGAUAACGUCGACUACCAAGUCGCCGAAGGCAUCGACGCCGUCAUCGUGGACUCCGUCCUUGGCAUCACCAACGGCCUCAUCCAGCGCCAGAACAGGAGCGAGCGCACUCCAGGCCCCUCGCCUAAUCCUUCGGCCAUUAGUGACAAUGCUGCAGAUGCUAUGAAAGGCUCCGUCAGUCUUCCUGUUCUGGAGCAGGUGAAGCAAUCUCACCUUACCCCGAAUGCGGGUCCCGGAACCAUUCUCUAA